ACAGUAGAAGCUUUGACCUAAGAUCGGAAAAAAUGGUGCUCCUGGCGCUACAGAUAACGGCGGAGCUCGAAAACCUGACUGACCUUCAGCCCGAAAACGGCUGCGACGAUCCCGACUUCACCUAUCUCUUCAAGUUGCGAUGCCAGAGCUGUGGUGAGUUGACUCAGAAGGAAACUGCUUUGAGCUUGAGCGAGUCCGUUCCUCUUCCGGUGGGCAAGGGCAACACUAAUCUCAUUCAGAAGUGCAAGUUUUGUGGCAGGGAAGGAACCAUAACGAUGGUGCCUGGUCGUGGUCGACCAUUAACUCAGGAGUUAAGUGAAGCAGGGAAGUCUACCCCCGUGAUGGCGUUCGAAUGCAGGGGUUAUGAGCCGGUGGAUUACGUUUUUGGUGGCGGGUGGAAGGCUCGAUCAUUGGCUGGGACAACCUUUGACAAUGUUGACCUGUCAGAGGAUGAAUUUGCUGAAUAUGAUGAGAAAGGAGAGUGCCCAGUUAUGAUCUCCAAGCACUCUUCUUCUUUUGUUGUGCUAAAAAACUAGAGUGGUUAUAGAGACGUUUGGUACAUGGGGCUUGCUGAUGUCUUGUGAAUAAGAUAGAAUCAUACAAACCCUGGGACUUGCACGUAUUCAUGGAUGUUUAGAUAUCACAUGUUGAAAAUUGUUCUAUGGACAUGUCUCUUUGCUGAACGAUUUGCUGAACUAGCCUGAGAACAUGUUGUGUAUUAUCUGCUAACUGCAUAAUCCAUGGAACUGGAAUUUGGAUACUGUGGUUUGCACUUCCAUAAUCUCAAUUGUUUUGCGAAGAAUUUAAGUU